AUGGGAUCGAAAGCAGAGGAAGGAGAAUACAAGUUGAUGGAGGCAGCGGAAAAGGAGCAGUGUUGGAGCAUAAGGAGAGAAGUAAAAGCGCUGAUGGAGUUAGCGUUUCCCAUAGCGGUGACGGCACUCAUAUUCUACGCGCGUUCCAUGGUAUCGAUGCUGUUCCUGGGACACCUGGGAGACCUCGAACUGGCGGCGGGGUCCCUAGGAAUGGCCUUCGCGAACAUCACAGGUUAUUCGGUGCUGUCGGGUCUAGCACUUGGGAUGGAACCGCUGUGCUCCCAAGCGUUCGGCGCGAAACGCGUGAACAUCUUGUCGUUGACCCUUCACCGCUGCGUAAUGUUUCUGUUACUCUGCUCCAUCCCAAUAUCGCUCCUCUGGCUCAACAUGUCCAACAUCCUUCAACUCUUGCACCAGGACCCUAACAUCACCCGCAUGGCACACACCUACCUCGUGUUUUCCCUCCCCGACCUCGUCACCCACUCCUUCCUCCACCCAAUCCGCAUUUACCUUCGCGCGCAGGGAGUCAUCCACCCGGUCACGUUAGCGUCCCUCGCCGGAACCCUCCUCCACUUCCCCUUCAACUACGUUCUCGUCACGCGGCUCCGCCUCGGCCUCGCCGGCGUCGCGGCAGCUUCCGCCGCCUCCAGCCUCUCCAUCCUCCUCUUCCUCGCGACGCACGUGUGCCUCACAGGCCUGCACUGCGCCGCGCCAAGCAGGGACUGCCUCGCCGGGUGGAAGCCGCUGCUCCGGCUCGCCGCGCCGAGCUGCGUCUCCGUUUGCCUGGAGUGGUGGUGGUACGAGAUCAUGAUCGUUUUAUGUGGGCUUUUGGUUAACCCCACCGUAACCGUUGCUUCCAUGGGGAUACUCAUUCAAACCACUUCGCUCAUCUAUGUUUUUCCCUCCUCGCUCGGUUUCGCGGUUUCCACUCGCGUCGGGCACGAGCUGGGCGCGAAUCGGGCUUCUCGGGCGAAGCUGUCGGCUGUGGUGUCUGUUUUUCUCGCCGCGAUUAUGGGUUUCUCCGCUAUGGUUUUCGCCGUCGGGAUGAGGCAGCGGUGGGGGAGGAUGUUCACCGGUGACGAGAAUAUCAUAAGGAUCACGUCGAUGGCGCUGCCGAUCCUGGGGAUUUGCGAGCUCGGAAACUGCCCGCAGACGGUGGGGUGCGGCGUGGUGAGGGGGACGGCGCGGCCGAACACGGCGGCUAAUGUGAACCUGGGUGCGUUCUAUUUGGUGGGGAUGCCGGUGGCGGUUGGGCUUGGGUUCUGGUUUGACGUUGGGUUCUGUGGGCUCUGGCUGGGCCUGCUCUCGGCCCAGGUAUGUUGCGCGGGACUUAUGUUGUAUGUGAUCGGGAGCACCGAUUGGGACGUGGAAGCCCAUCGGGCCCAGUUGCUGAUGUGGCACGAUGAUGGAACGACGGUUGACCGGAAACAAACGUUGACCAGCGUUGUUACUGUGACUCCCUCGGCUUGA